GGUCAAUUUGUGAUAUAUUUUAACAUUUAUGUGAUAUGGCCACUCAACUCACCGACUCGCUGUGCGACAAGUUACAACCUCUGUCAUAAUCAUACAGUCGAUGGAAUCUGUCGUCUGGCAAGUGUUGAGCCACUGCAGUGAUAUUACAAAAUGCUGUGUACACCCGGCCUCCAUACCCUUUUCUGUCUUCCCGACAGCCAACUUCGCGACUAUAAAAUAUUAUCUAUCACGGUUUCUUCACGCCACACAUAUUCUCCAUACGAAGUACCUUCAUCUCUCCCUGAAUGGCUGGGACAAUACGCAACAUAACCCAGAUGUCACUUUGUUUAUCUGGGACAAAUCUAACAGCCAUGACGAAAUCAAACCAGGUCGUGCAGGAGCAGGCAAGGAGAUCGUCGCUCUGGUCGGGAACUCAGACACCCUCCUUUGCCUGGCAGUAUUCAUAGGUGUCAUCUUCACUAGAUUGCUUACAUGGUGUAGAAAACGACCUGCCCUCGUUUAAUCAUGACUCUCCACUUUCUCGGAUUCCUAAUGAACAGGAUCAAGGCGGAUUUCGAGCCUCAGGGGUUCUCCUUUUCUUCCAUAUCCUCCCCUAGCUUCACGGUCAUCUGAGAACGAUAUAAUAUUCUGCCUGCGUUCCUCAGGCAGCACUGGCUUUCUAAAACCCAUUUCAAUCUCUAACUUGACUGCGAUUCACUUGUC